AAUCCCUCUUGUUAGUUCGGAGGAAAUGGAGAAAGCUUCAGCAGAGCCAGGUAAUAGCUCCCGUAAAGGAGAAGCGAAGAAACUUCUUCGUUUGUUUGGCUUCGAAUUGGAUGUUGAUCCGAAACAAGAUGGAGAAGCCAGGGUUUCUGCAGGCGAGCUUGAUUCAAAACAAGACAGAGAAGCCAGGGUUUCUGCGGGCGUUGAGAUCGAAGCGAAGAAGUAUGGGUGUCAGUUCUGCUUGAAGGAGUUUGCAAACUCUCAGGCCCUUGGAGGCCAUCAAAAUGCGCACAAGAAGGAAAGAAUGAAGAAGAAAAGAUUAGAGGUGCAGGCAAGAAAGGCCAAUGACAUCAAUUGCUGCUAUCUUCAACCUCUCAUCAAAAGCCAUGGAAGCACCACUGCUGAAUUCGCUGCUCCUCCUUGGUGGUUCUAUGAUUCUUCUCGUUGCUGCAACGUGCCCGAGUUUGUUGUUUUCGAUGAAACUUAUGAUCGUGGAAGCUUCAAGAACAAUAAUAUCAUCAGGAAACCUUUGCCUUUGACACCAAUACGGAAGAAUCUAAGCGGCCUGGAUAUUCAAUUAGGGUUUAGUGUGCAGAAAAAUGCCUGUAACUCCUCUAGAAAUGGUGUGUGAUCAAUCUUUUUCUUAGUUGUUGUUGCAGUCUGUAUCAUGCUGUUGUGUAAUAUAUGAGUUUGAGCAGUUUCGUACAAAGUCAUUAAUCAUAUGCAUGCCCAAUAAUUAAUUGGGAUUGUUUGUGUUUUGUUUUAGUAUAUAUUCCAAUGUUAAUACGGUUCUUUA